CAUGGAGUCUCGCAGGGACAAGACUCGACGGGAUCCAAGCGGGCUUGCAACCUGUAUGUAGCGGCCCACCUUGCUAGUAUGAGCCGUCGUAUUAUUGGCCGCACAACAGGAUACCACAAGCAACCACAUCAGCAGCCGCGAAGCUUUGAGAGCAACUGUCUACGAGAGACGAAGCUGGUCGCGCAAUCGCGGGCGCUUGAAUCACGAGCCCGGAAGGCCCCGCCUUAAUACAAACGCUGGCAUGCUUAUACAGAACGCAGGACAACUACUCGUUUAACCAAACUACAACCUGCACUGCAGACCCAACUCGUAAAGACCAGUCCAUCUUUUGCAGCAACGAAGCCCUCGUCGGGCAAUCUCUUGGAUCAACGAGCAAUAUCAGGACCAUUACAAGCGUAUAAACAACUUGUCGACGCCGUCGCCUCUCGCUGACUGCUCCUCUUCUCGCAUCGGGCCUCCGGGGCCGGUGCAGAGGCGACGAACGCUCGCGCUGCUAGCAAUGCAUAGACGUAGAGGUGCCGCAGCUGCGGCAGCCGUGCCGCACGCUGGCGCAGCCGCUGGUGCGGGGCCAGCGCUCCUGCUGCUGGCGCUGUUGUCUGCGGCGGCGCUUCCUCGCUGCGUGUCGCCGUGCGGGCACCACGUGGUGUCGGGUGAGGUGCGGGACCUGGUGGCGCUGCACCUGGCGCACCAGGCCGCGCACCCGCUCAGCGGCGCCUGGGGGGCGGCGCUGCGCGUGGGCGGCCGCCAGCAGCAGCAACAACAGCAGCAGCGUGUACAUGAGGGCCAUGAGGAGCAGGAGGAGCGCGAGGAGUCGGAGCAGGGGCUGCAGCAGCAGGAGGUGGUUGUGGACGUGCUGGGGCGCCUCCGGCACCAGCACGAGCACGACCACGGCAGCCACGGCCACGACCAUGGUCACGACCACCAUGACCACAAGCACGAGCAUGAGCAUGAGCAUGAGGAGCACGAGGAUGAGCAUGACCACGACCACGAGCAUGAGGAGGAGCACGACCAUGACCAUGAUGAUGAUGAUGAUGAUGAGGAGGAGGACGAGGACGAGGAGCAGGACGCGGAGGAGGAGGAAGGCAGCCUGGCCAUUGAGCGCCGCCGCCUGCAGCAGACCGUCCCCCCUCCCGCGCCGCUGCGGCUGGCGGUGAGCUACCAGCACCUGGAGGCGCUGGACGCGGGCCAGCAGCAGAUGCUGACGCGGGUGGUGGAGGCGGUGCGCCGCAUCCUGCAGAAGUUCAUCUCGGUGCAGCGGCCGCCCAGCGGCGCCAUGCUGGCCGACCCCUACUGCCUGUCGUACUCCUCCACCCGCGGCUGCCUGUCCUACUACCCCGACUUCGUGUCGCGCCGCCCCGCGCCCGACAACCUGCUGUGCGGCCUGGCCACGGUGCGGCCGGAGCACGUGGUCAACCCCGCCAACUGCACCCGCCGCGCCUCGCUGGCGGACGUGCUGGCGCUGGGCAGCGGCACCUCGGGGCCCGCCAGCGGCGCGGGCGGCGGCGCCAGCGGCUACGGCUCGGGCUGCAGCAGCUAUGCGGGCACGCCGGGCGAGGCGGCGGACAUGUACAUGUACAUCACCGCGGUGCAGAACAGCGACUGCGACGCCGGCGCCGCGGCCUGGGCGCGGCCCUGCCUGCUGGACCUGGGCAACAACCGGCCGCUGAUGGGCGCCGCCAACAUCUGCCCGCCCGCGCUGUCCAUGCUGGACGAGUCCAGCCUCACGGCGGUGCUGGCGCACGAGAUGAUCCACGCGCUGGGCUUCACCGAGUCCAUGUUCAACCUGACGCGGCGGCCCGACGGCAGCCCGCGCCCGCAGUCCGAGGUGGUGGCCAGCGCCGUCAUCGACGGCCGGACCGUCAGCCGCCUCAUCACGCCGCGCGUGCGCGACGCGGCGCGCGCGCACUUUGGCUGCGACAGCCUGGCCGGCGCGCAGCUGGAGAACGAGGGCAGCGAGGGCAGCGCCGGCAGCCACUGGGAGUACAACCUGUUCCAGGGCGAGGUGAUGGUGGCCUCCACCAUCUUCGCCGCGGACGGCUCGCCUCCCGCGCUCAGCAACCUGACGCUGUCGUACCUGGAGGACACGGGCUGGUACGUGGCCAACCGCAGCUCGGCGGGCCUGCUGGCCUGGGGCGCGGGCGCGGGCUGCGCGCUGCCCGAGAAGAGCUGCCAGCAGUACAUGGCGGCGGUGCCGGACCAGCGCCUGUUCUGCGACGCCUCCAACCCGCCCACCAGCGGAGACGGCUCGCCCGCCUUCCGCUGCAGCGACGACUUCAAGUCCACGGGCGUGUGCCGCUCGCUCAACUUCACGGGCGGCUGCGGGCUGCUGCUGAGCCGCAACGCCGCGCAGACCUGCACCAGCCCCGACGCCACCUACGACAUGCCCGACGUGUUCGGCUGGGGCACCGGCUCCAACUCCGGCCGCUGCUUCCCCGUGGUGUACCGCUUCAAGGCCGCCGCCGCCAACAGCAUCUACACCUUCCCCGGCACAGGCGUGGACGGUGACGUAGACGCGGCGUGCUUCGACACGGCCUGCUCGGCGGACGGCAGCCGCGUGUACGUCAAGAUGUUUGGCCAGUCGUUCGAGUGCCCCGCCGGCCAGUACCUCAACCUGGCCUCGCUGCUGCCCAGCCGCUACCGCGCCGGCCGCAUCGGGCCCUGCCCGCCCGCCGCCUCGCUGUGCGCCACGCAGAGCUGCCCUGCCGCCAGCUGCACCCCCGGCGGCGGCGACUGCCUCAACGGCCAGUGCUACUGCCGCCUGGCCUUCACCGGCCCCUCCUGCAGCGUCAACCUCAUCACCGGCCAGGCCAUCACCAACGACGCCACCGGCACCUCCCCCGGCUCCGGCAGCGGCACCAACGGCACCAGCUCGGGCGGCAGCGGCACUAACGGCACCUCCUCCGGCUCCUCUUCGCCGCCUCCUGCGGCGGUGUGGACGCAGGUGGUGCAGCUGAGCCUGUCGCUGUACAACCCGGUGGGCGACGUGACGGCGCGCAGCAGCGCCCUGCUCGCCACCAUCGCCUUCUGGGCGGAGCUGCCCACCGCCGCGGUGCGCCUGGCGCUGGUGGCCGCGUCCGGCAACAGCACCAGCACCAGCAGCGGCGGCGGCGGCAGCAGCGGCAACAGCACCGCUGGGCCGCAGCUGUCGGCUGGCGAGGGCAACGGCGGCGCCACCACCAUCACACAGGCCGGCCAGGCGUACGAUGCCACAGCCGCCUCCUCCCCGCCGCCAGCCCACCGCCACUCCAGCCGCCACCUGCUGGACAACAGCACCUCCCCCUCGCCCAGCCCCAGCCCCGCGCCCUCUCCGCCUGCGCCGCCCCAGUCCAUGGUGGUGACGCACCUGACCAUGCCCUCCUCCCGCGCCACCACCAUCCUGGUGGGCCGCCUGCGCGACGGCACCCAGGUCAGCCAGCUGUUCUCGGCCCUGGCCGCCGCCGGCUUCGCCACGCAGCCGUCCAGCCUCACCGUCGCCACGCUGCUCACCAAGGCCACCACCAGCCCGCCGCCGCCGCCGCCCGGCGGCUCCAGCGGCCGCCCCGGUGCCACGGCGGCUCCGGCCUCGGCCAGCGAGGACAAGUCCAACAGCCGCAUGGUCAUCAUCAUCGCCAUCGCCGCGGGCGCGGUGGCGGCGAUCGGCAUCAUCGCCGCGCUGGUCACGAUCGCCGUGGUGCGCCACCGCCGCGCCCGCCGCCACCAGCAGCAGGCCAGCCAGCAGGCCGCCAUGCAGCAGUACCUGGCGCCCGCGGCGCCGCCCGCCGUGCCGCCGCCCUCCAAGCGCGCGGCGCGGUACACGUACCAGCAGGAGCCGGCGCCGGGCGGCCCCGUGCCGCCGGCCCCGCCGCCGCCGUACAUGGCGCACCCCCCUCAGCCUCCUCCUCCUGCUGGCGGCUUCAGUGCGCUACCCACCUCGGCCCCUGCCUCCGCGGGCGGCGGUGCUGCCUACUACCCGGCCGUGCCGGCGCCAGCGGCCUGGAACCAGACGCCGCCGCGGGGCAGCGCCCCGCAGCCGGCUGCUGCGGCCGCCGGCUCGCCUAGCAACGUGCCGUCCGGGUACGCCCACUACGGCGCGCGCGCUGGCUCGCCGCCGCAGCAGCCGCAGCCGUCGCCUCCCGCGUACGGCGGCCAAUAUGCGUCGUACCGGUAGUGGACCGCUGGCCGCCAGAUGAGCGUUUGCCGCUGUUUGUGGGAUGUGUGAGCUGUUCGGUGUGCCUGUGGUUUGGUGUGGUGGGUUGCUGGAUGAUGGUGUUCGCGGUUACUGUUGUGCAUGCAUGCGCCUCACAUGUCGCAUACGGGUGGUGUGAUCCUACAUGUUACAUGUAUAUCAAGUGAGAGACGCGAGAUGCCAUAUUCAUGUCUUGCUUUUGUUUCGGGCAGUGCCUCCGGUCUAUCCCCCAUCCCUCACUUCCUGAUGACCCUUCAUCCUGCUUGCGAGUGUGAUUCCACCAAACAAGAGUGACGAGUGACGCUCCUGCAGCAAGGGCUGCGGCCCCGCUGGGUUGUGGAGGAAGCUGCCGUAUUGCCUAUGCUGCAGCUGCUGGAGCUGCUGAAGCUACGGGCGGAUAUUGUUGAAUACGCAGUGCGAUCAACCAAUGCUGCUAGUACGUAUAUACGAGUUGGCCGCUGCCCUUGUUUAGGAGUCAGACGCCGACGGUACAAGACAUUUAGCUGCUUUUCCUAGUUGGUUGGGCCCAGAAGCGUGUGUAGCUGUUACCGUGGCGUGCACGCAGUGAGCCUGGGCAAGUGGGUAGCUGGGCCUCAGCUUUUUGUGAUGCUCUGAAGGCGGUAGAGUUUAGACAGCCAUAGGACGGAAUGCCAGGGCGGGCAAGGCGGCCCGAAAAUCAUUUGAUUCAUGACAAUGUGGGAAUGCCUAGGCCCUGAGUCCGAAGAACUCAAUCCUCAAGGCACCCUGUUGCUCGUGCGGACGAGCGCAGAAAGCAGAUGCAAUCAUGCAAGGCCUCUGUAACACACGGAGGCC